UUGUAUCUUCCGAUCCUGACUCGCUGACUCCAGUCCAGUUUUUACCGCCGUCCCGCCUUCAGGCCUUGUGAUUGGUGUUGUGUUUCGGUCAGGCGAUGGUGCGGGGCUUGUGGGCGGUGCUCCGGACAGUGUCUUACGAGGGAGCCGCAAGGCUGAAAUCAAACGUACCUCGCGCGUGCAGAACUGCAGCAUUACGGCACCGGUCUACUUACGAGCCUGUCCCUUCCGGCUGCAGAACUAUAUCAAGCAAGGCGAGGCACCUCCAGUCUGCGGUCAGAAUGCCUGAGAUAACGGAUAACCUGGACCCGAAGCAGGUCCAGCUGCUGGCGGAGAUGUGCAUCGUCAUUGACGAGAAUGACCAGAAGAUUGGUGCGGACACGAAGAAAAACUGCCACCUGAACUCAAACAUUGACAAAGGUUUAUUACACCGAGCCUUCAGCGUGUUCAUUUUCAACAGCGAAGACAAGCUGCUCUUACAACAGAGGUCUGAUGCUAAAAUCACAUUUCCAGGCUGCUUCACAAACACAUGCUGCAGUCACCCUUUGCACACCGACGGUGAGCGCGAGGAGGAGGACGCAAUCGGAGUGAGGAGAGCUGCUCAGAGGAGACUUCAAGCUGAACUGGGUAUCCCCGUGGAGCAGGUGACACCAGAUGAAAUGACGUACCUGACAAGGAUCCACUACAAGGCCCAGUCAGACGGCGUGUGGGGAGAACACGAGAUUGACUACAUCCUCUUCAUGCAGAAGAACGUGGAGUUGAGCCCGGACCCCAAUGAGAUUAAGAGCCACUGCUAUGUGAACAAGGAGGAGCUGAGGGAGAUGCUGGAGAAGGGCAAGCGCAAAGAACUGGAGAUUACACCCUGGUUCAGCCUCAUCGCAGAGACCUUCCUCUUCAAGUGGUGGGACAACCUGCAGAACCUUAAGAAUUUCAUAGAUCACAAAAACAUCCACCGCAUGUAGCCCAAAACCAGGAUCGGGCUUUACCUUCACUCAUCUCAAACUCAUGUUGGUUGUAGAACCUGCCGGACACUCAAGCAUAGCCACGUACAACGCUCUGAAAUACAAGAAUCACUCGCUACUUUUCCUUGAGGAAGUAGUACACGUCGGGCUUCUUCACCAAAAGAGGAGGUGGAGAAUGUUUACGGCUUGCUAAACGUAGCAGUGUGGACUUGUAGCUCCGAGUUGCAUUCACCUACACAAGUGUAUGCAGGUAGGGUGACUCUUAAGCAUUUAGCUCACAAAUGGAAAUCAUGGAAUCAAUUCUGUUAAGCUGCACACUGGAUUUACUGAGCGAACUGAAGUAAAGACGUCUCGCAUCUAACCUUGAGUGGGAAGAAAAAUGCAGUCCUGUUAUUGACACCGAAAUAUUUAUUUCCGUAAAAGAAUAGUACAGGUCAUUAGGUUGAGAUGAAUAGCGUCUUCAAGUCGUGAUGUCACCUCUGUAUUGAUCGACAUCUGUCUACACUACACCAUGCCUUUGCACUCUUUUCCACAAUAAAGUGUCUGGUUGUGGUCA